CAUCAUAAAUAAAAUUGUUUCAAAAAUGCGAAACAGAAAAUACCAAACACAUUUGUUUCUCAUUAUGGCUACAAUGCUUCCCAGACACAUAACUUGUCCUUUGUCGUUGUUCUUAUUCGUGCUUAUUGAGUUUCCAGUCGCAAACGCUAUGCUUGUUAAAGACAUGCAUGCAUUUUGCAAGGAGACAAAUGAUGUGAACUUCUGCUUGAAAUACAUUGGUACAGACAAGCGUAUAUUAGCAGCACGCGACCUCAACGACGUUCUUUUAAUCGCGUUUUCUCAGUGCAAAAUCCAAGUGACCAACGCAGCCAAACAAAUCAACAAAGUCCGCCAUAAGUUUAGUGGUCCAAUUGGGAAAGAACGGAUCAACAUUUGUGAGGGAAACUACGGGUUAGCAUCCGCUAUGUUCCAAGAAGCUUAUGAAAUGGGACAACAAAAAAUGCUCGCAUACAGAGCUCACUUAACUGCGCAGGUUGGCGUGGACUUAGUGCAUGUAUUGAAUGAAGAGUUCGUCACGCUGUCACAAAUGGCUCAUGGCGGCAUGGCGUCGAUUCCCAAACCCUCAAGCUCUUAGGGGUUGACACAUAAUGAAUGUCCUAAAUCUUG